CGCGCGGGGGGUGCAACGUCCUCCCCGCGAGCGCGCGGGGGGUGCAACGACCUCCCGACGAGCGCGCGGGGGUUGCAACGACCUCCCGGCGAGCGCGAGGGGGGUGCAACGACCUCCCGGCGAGCGCGCGGGGGGUGCAACGACCUCCCGGCGAGCGCGCGGGGGGUGCAACGUCCUCCCGGCGAGCGCGCGGGGGGUGCAACGUCCUCCCGGCGAGCGCGCGGGAGGUGCAACGACCUCCCGACGAGCGCGAGGGGGUUGCAACGACCUCCCGGCGAGCGCGCGGGGGUUGCAACGACCUCCCGGCGAGCGCGCGGGGGGUGCAACGUCCUCCCGGCGAGCGCGCGGGGGGUGCAACGUCCUCCCGGCGAGCGCGCGGGGGGAGCAACGUCCUCCCGUCGAGCGCGCGGGGGGGCAACGUCCUCCCGGCGAGCGCGCGGGGGGUGCAACGUCCUCCCGGCGAGCGCGCGGGGGGUGCAACGACCUCCCGGCGAGCGCGCGGGGGGUGCAACGUCCUCCCGGCGAGCGCGCGGGGGGUGCAACGUCCUCCCGGCGAGCGCGCGGGCGGUGCAACGACCUCCCGGCGAGCGCGCGGGCGGUGCAAACGUCCUCCCGGCGAGCGCGCGGGGGUUGCAACGACCUCCCGGCGAGCGCGCGGGGGGUGCAACGUCCUCCCGGCGAGCGCGCGGGGGGUGCAACGUCCUCUCGGCGAGCGCGCGGGGGGUGCAACGUCCUCCCCGCGAGCGCGCGAGGGGUGCAACGACCUCCCGACGAGCGCGCGGGGGUUGCAACGACCUCCCGGCGAGCGCGAGGGGGGUGCAACGUCCUCCCGGCGAGCGCGCGGGGGGUGCAACGACCUCCCGGCGAGCGCGCGGGAGGUGCAACGUCCUCCCGGCGAGCGCGCGGGGGGUGCAACGUCCUCCCGGCGAGCGCGCGGGGGGUGCAACGACCUCCCGGCGAGCGCGCGGGGGGUGCAACGUCCUCCCGGCGAGCGCGCGGGGGGUGCAACGUCCUCCCGGCGAGCGCGCGGGGGGUGCAACGUCCUCCCGGCGAGCGCGCGGGGGGUGCAACGUCCUCCCGGCGAGCGCGCGGGGGGUGCAACGUCCGCCCGGCGAGCGCGCGGGAGGUGCAACGACCUCCCGGCGAGCGCGCGGGGGGUGCAACGACCUCCCGGCGAGCGCGCGGGGGGUGCAACGACCUCCCGGCGAGCGCGCGGGGGGUGCAACGACCUCCCGGCGAGCGCGCGGGGGGUGCAACGUCCUCCCGGCGAGCGCGCGGGGGGUGCAACGUCCUCCCGGCGAGCGCGCGGGGGGUGCAACGUCCUCCCGGCGAGCGCGCGGGAGGUGCAACGUCCUCCCGGCGAGCGCGCGGGGGGUGCAACGACCUCCCGGCGAGCGCGCGGGAGGUGCAACGACCUCCUGGCGAGCGCGCGGGGGGUGCAACGACCUCCCGGCGAGCGCGCGGGGGGUGCAACGACCUCCCGGCGAGCGCGCGGGGGUUGCAACGUCCUCCCGGCGAGCGCGCGGGGGGUGCAACGACCUCCCGGCGAGCGCGCGGGGGGUGCAACGUCCUCCCGUCGAGCGCGCGGGGGGUGCAACGUCCUCCCGGCGAGCGCGCGGGGGGUGCAACGUCCUCCCGGCGAGCGCGCGGGGGGUGCAACGACCUCCCGGCGAGCGCGCGGGGGGUGCAACGUCCUCCCGGCGAGCGCGCGGGGGGUGCAACGACCUCCCGGCGAGCGCGCGGGGGGUGCAACGACCUCCCGGCGAGCGCGCGGGGGGUGCAGCGACCUCCCGGCGAGCGCGCGGGGGGUGCAACGUCCUCCCGGCGAGCGCGCGGGGGGUGCAACGAGCUCCCGGCGAGCGCGCGGGGGGUGCAACGACCUCCCGGCGCGCGCGCGGGGGGUGCAACGUCCUCCCGGCGCGCGCGCGGGGGGUGCAACGAGCUCCCGGCGAGCGCGCGGGGGGUGCAACGUCCUCCGGGCGAGCGCGCGGGGGGUGCAACGUCCUCCCGGCGAGCGCGCGGGGGGUGCAACGUCCUCCCGGCGAGCGCGCGGGGGGUGCAACGACCUCCCGGCGAGCGCGCGGGGGGUGCAACGUCCUCCCGGCGAGCGCGCGGGGGGUGCAACGACCUCCCGGCGAGCGCGAGGGGGUCGCAACGUCCUCCCGGCGAGCGCGCGGGGGGUGCAACGAGCUCCCGGCGAGCGCGCGGGGGGUGCAACGACCUCCCGGCGCGCGCGCGGGGGUCGCAACGUCCUCCCGGCGAGCGCGCGGGGGGUGCAACGUCCUCCCGGCGCGCGCGCGGGGGGUGCAACGUCCUCCCGUCGAGCGCGCGGGGGGUGCAACGUCCUCCCGGCGAGCGCGCGGGGGGUGCAACGUCCUCCCGGCGAGCGCGCGGGGGGUGCAACGUCCUCCCGGCGAGCGCGCGGGGGGUGCAACGUCCUCCCGGCGAGCGCGCGGGGGGUGCAACGUCCUCCCGGCGAGCGCGCGGGGGGUGCAACGUCCUCCCGGCGAGCGCGCGGGGGGUGCAACGACCUCCCGGCGAGCGCGCGGCGGGUGCAACGUCCUUCCGGCGAGCGCGCGGCGGGUGCAACGUCCUCCCGGCGAGCGCGCGGGGGGUGCAACGUCCUCCCGGCGAGCGCGCGGGGGGUGCAACGACCUUCCGGGGAGCGCGCGGGAGGUGCAACGACCUCCCGGCGAGCGCGCGGGGGAUGCAACGUCCUCCCGGCGAGCGCGCGGGGGAUGCAACGUCCUCCCGGCGCGCGCGCGGGGGGUGCAACGUCCUCCCGGCGCGCGCGCGGGGGGUGCAACGUCCUCCCGGCGCGCGCGCGGGGGGUGCAACGUCCUCCCGGCGAGCGCGCGGGGGGUGCAACGACCUCCCGGCGAGCGCGCGGGGGGUGCAACGUCCUCCCGGCGAGCGCGCGGGGGGUGCAACGUCCUCCCGGCGAGCGCGCGGGGGUUGCAACGACCUCCCGGCGAGCGCGCGGGGGAUGCAACGUCCUCCCGGCGAGCGCGCGGGGGGUGCAACGUCCUCCCGGCGAGCGCGCGGGGGGUGCAACGUCCUCCCGCUCUGCAAGGUGUAA